CAAGCUAGCAUCUUUGAAGUUGGAUGGUUUAAGUCAUCAUCAGAAACUUGCAUUCUGGAUUAACAUCUAUAAUUCUUGUGUUAUGAAUGGAUUCUUGCAGGAUGGAAUACUGGAGAGUCCUGAAACGACCGUGGUACAAAUGCAAAAGGCAAGACCAAAUUCACCUUCCAACUUUUCUAAAUGUACAUCACUAAAAGCAACGAUAAAGGUUGGGGGUACGUGCUAAACGCACUCACAAUAGAGCACCUUAUCUUGAGACUUCCAUAUCACUUAAAAUAUACGUGCACAAAGUCGAUCAGGAAUGACGAGAAGGAUAUCAGCAAGAUGCUCGGUUUGGAGUGGUCGGAACCAUUAGUCACAUUUGCCCUCUCCUCCGGAAGUUGGUCCUGCCCUGCGUUGAGGGUAUACACCGCAUCCCAAAUCGAGAGCGAGUUGGAGGCAGCGAAGAAGGCUUACCUACAAGCAGCAGUAGGCAUAUCAGCAGUAUCGAACAAGCUGGUAGUUCCGAAGCUGCUGGAUUGGUAUCUUCUCGACUUUGCAAAGGAGAUGGACGCGUUGUUCGACUGGAUCUGCUUGCAGCUUCCGGAUGAGCUCAGGAACGAAGCAGUGCAAUGCCUCGGGAGCAAGCCUUGUACAUCGGAGUUGGUUGAGGUGACACCAUACAAUUUUAGUUUCAGAUACCUUGUACAUCGAUGACAUUGUUAGGAAAGAAUACAGGACAAUAUACUCAAAGAGAAUAAUUAUUCUACAUUACAUCAAUAAACCAGAACCUAUUUUAUUGUUGACUUA